CGUCUUUCCCCUCGACCACAGGGGUGUAGUUGUAGCGCAGCGCGCGUGCGGACUGUGGGUGUGUGUGAGUGUGUGUGCGCGCGAGGCGUUUCUGUCAGAAGUGAGCGACUGAGGCGAGUUCAGUCAACUUUUAUGAAAAAAAAAAAAAAAUCACAGUAAUUAUAAAAGUAAUGUUAAAAUGCAAUAAAACCGUGUGAGAAAUGUGUGCGUUAAGCGCGUCCCCGAGACGUCGCGCGAGCUGAAGCCGUUGGUGGGACUGUACGGGCGCGCGCUCUGAUGUUUCCUGUCACAAAAUGCGUCUUUUCCACUUUUCUCUACUGUUUACUUUAAUAACAGGGUUUAACUCCUCAGAGGAGGAUCCUGAUUCAUCUCGAACUCCAUACACAGGCACCGACCACAACCUCGGUUCUGUCUCUCAGGGCGGUUCCCCCGGCGCGACCCGCCUCCCGGACAUUUUUGUGCUCGGGAGUGAGAGUGUACCUCAGGGCGGAGCGCACUCCGGCUCGGGCGAUAAGAACAGACUACGUGUUGUUCCACAGGAAAUCGGACACAAUGGACAGGAAAAAGCUGUAAGUGUGAUCUUUGACCCGGUUCACACCGCCGCUACACACUCGCUCACUGACUCCAGGCUCUCGUUUACAGAAAAAGAGCACGGUUCGAGUUUCGUCAGUGUUGGAACACCAAAGCAAGGACUUUCUCCACACACGCCGAGUGCGGCGAUAAGUGUGAACACGCUUCUGCAUACUACAGAAAUACACUCGGGUAAUACACACAAGGACUUCACUCACACCGAGGAAUCCAGAAUUAGUGACCUCACUGUGAUGUCAUCAGCACCUACAGCCAGUCCACCUUAUUUAACUACGCUUAGAAGCAGCGCUUCAGUCACAGAAUCCCAGACUUUAGAAUUGCCCGGAUUUAACGACAUCAGUGAAGUGUCAGUGAUGUCAUCGUCGUAUGCAGCCAAUGAGGAGACGAGAACAACGCAUAAUGCAAGGACUAAUCGCUUCUCUAAUCACACAAACCCAGAUUUGUCCACUACUGAUGAAUCUGACACUCUCGGUGUCUCUGUGUCUGAUCUCACGGUCUCUGAGUUCGGCGACAUGACGUCUGUACGUAAGGACGCACCGAGCACGCCGUCGUUCACCGCGGAAACCGAGCCGAUCCGAACGCACCGCCUUCCCAGAUCAACUUUUACUGACGGAAACGUUUCUAAUCAUACGCACUCGUCGCUUUUUGAUGAUCCACCGAGCACCGCGACUGAGUCUCCCACAGCCUCGGGGUCGCAUCCUUACAUCGAUACGUCUGUGCUCACGGAUAGGCACGUGGACGCUCCAGAAAACAUAACAACCACGGACAGGACGAGGACGGAGAAUUCCUCAUAUACUCUGUCUUACACCAGAGACACGACAUCACCCGACUCGACUACUGGUACACACGUUUCAGACACCGAACACACCACUCUUGAGCGCAGGAGUGACGCCGACACGCAGCACACGCAGUCUUCUGGAAUUCUUCCUACACGAUCUUAUUCGAGUUCUGUAACAUGGACGAGACGGGGUUUCACCUGGACGCCGACCUCAUACCCAGAUGAGGGAGCGAGCUCAGACACACCUCACACCAUCACGAUACGUGCAAAUGAUCUCACAGUGACCAUCCACGGAGAUCACGCUCCAUAUGACACCACGGAAACACAACCCAGCACUGAGGUCUCCACGCAGAUCCAGAACGAGACUGCCGUCACUGCAGCGAGCUCUCCGUCUCAUCACGCUGAUCCUGGAACAACAACGGUCACGCAACACGCUGCAUCAACGUCCAGGGAGCAUUCUGAGACACCCACGAGUCCAAACGUUGCUCUCACGCCACCGUCACGUCUCACAUCUCCGUUUGCCGCUAUUAACACAAGCACCAUCCACACCAGUCAGACCAGUCACCCUGUAACCAUGACACACACCCCAAGCCAUCUCACUACACGCAGAAACACGCCCAUCGUCCCGGGGCCUGACACGAUGACGCAGCAAGCACACACAGAUGCCCGCUCUCAUCCUGGGACACACACACCCGUGAUCGCUCCGACGUCUUCACACACCUCAGGAACUCACAAAGACUGGUCACAGAAGGGGCGGGUCUUCAUCACGGAGGACCAACCAGCCAUCAUCGGCGCGGAGACGUUCCAGGUGCUGUUGCAGGUGGUAUUGGAGGAGAACCUGCCCCCGAACGCAAGGCUGGAGGAGGUGGAGAGUUUUUUACAGAACGUAGCAGGAUACCAGAGACAGGACGUGACCUGGCACAGCGGUGCAGUCCUGCAGUCUGUCGUCACGUUCAGGACGGCGGGGGCGGUCUCCUGGCUCGGGAGGGCGGAGUCUCUUCUAAAAGAGGUGGGGCUGAGACCUCUUCCCAAACGGGGGGUUUUUGUAAGCGGCAUCCGGGUGAAAAACAUCACAGUGGGAGGUCUACACAGCGAUGUGUGUUCUUGGUUGUUUUCAUGUCCAUCCAACUUCUUCUGCAUCUCUUCUGAGGUGAACGUCAGCUGCAGGUCCAUGUGCCACUCUGAGUACUGCAAGAACCACGGCAUCUGCGUCCAUCGGACCAGACAGAACCCGCUCUGCCAGUGUCCUGUGGGCGAGGAUUUCUGGUUCAUGGGGCAGCGCUGUGACCUCCGUAUGACCCGACAGAGACUGGCUGGGGUGUGUUUCGGUGUUUUGGUCUCUAUAGCGGCGCUGAUGGCGCUCCUGGCUUACGUAGCCGUGCUGCGCUUUAAGAGAAUGCUUAUUCAGGCCAAGGCAGAGCAGACACAGAGCAGUUACCGCAGGUUUAACCACUUUGACGAGCUCUCAGCCCGGUUCUGGAGGCGGUCCUGGCCCGGAUCGGCGGACUCGCUGGAUAACACCGCCUUCAGCCACUCUGACGAGUUACUGCACAUGAGGGCGCUGGACCGCCCCUGCUGUUACCAUGACGACACACUCUCCAUCGCCUCCACCUACCCGGAUAGUGUUACACACCUCAACACGGUGUAUCCACACGGCUCUCAGUAUCACUGGGACAUGAGCACGUGCAGCCUAGCGGACGGCGUGGUCGACUCGGGGAAGGCCAGCGACCUGUCUGUGUGCAGCUGGCCCAUCGAACCCAUUCAGUGGACACCUUUCCCUUUAUUACAGCAGCUCAGAAACACAAACACGGUGAAACCUGCUCGUCCCCGCUCGUACUGUGAGGGCAUGGAGCUGGUGGGGCUGGAGAAGAGCCGCACGGCGUAGAGAGGGAGCGGCGCAGGUCACGACACACACUCGGCACUCAGGACACAGGGGUCGGGCGGG